AUGUCACGCAACUACACCGGAGUCGGACUGAGGGAUCAAAUCUGCAUGCCGCCGAGUACAGAUUACAUUCGAGACAUAGUGAUACCUCCGUUAAAAGGCUCGACGCCACAAGAAUUGAUCGGCGAUCCGUCGCAUCGCUUGUCGGCGAACAACCGCCACCGCGAUGGCCAACCGCGGCGGCCACUGCGCGAUAAUCCAAAGGCCAGAAAUCCGCCGUGCGACGUUACAGGAACAACCGCGAUUUCCUCCACCGGUUUGGAGAAGAUCUUAGCGCGAUUUGACAGAAUGGAACGCAGGCUGGAGAAGUUGGAAGUGCCCGAACAUGAUCCACACUAUUUCUCGGAUGAAAUUGAUGACGAAGGGUAUCACUCCCCGCGCGACGCUUGGGCGGCAGACGAUGAUGUCCACCGGCCUUUCAUCCACGGACGACGAGACCGUGGUGGGGAUAUCUGUCAUCGACGAGGCGCUGCCUGCGCAUUACAUUGGCGCGACGACCGUCUUCCGCAGCAGAACGUUCAUCGGGCGCCGUACCGCGAUCGCCCCGAGCCUCGCCACCGCACGUGCUGGGACAGGCCGCAGGAUCGAUACCUGGGGAUGGACGAGUCCGAACAACAACACUAUGUGGACUUCUAUUCUGGAUCGAGGCGUCGCCGGACUUCUUGGGAUCAGCCCUCCCGAACAUCUGGUUGUCGUGUGGGAGAGAUUCGCGCUCCUCCGCUGCCGAAACCACCGCCACAGCCGGUACCAGAGCCAGAACUGUUCUAUGGCCCGACGCAUCGUGGGACAUCGGACACUCCCGCAUCAAAACACACGACGCGCCCCUCUUUCGGCCCCCGGGGCUUUCUUCACGCUGAUUCAGACGUGCCGUCACGAUUCCCACCUAGCGCGUAUACUGGCCAGCAGCGAGAGCAGUCCCAAACCCGGAACCGGCACCUGCACCCCACGUUCCCAAGCCCCCGUACCCCCGCACAUCCACAGCACGUGCUCGACCAACAACCACAGCCAAGUCACCGCCGCGCAGCGCCACCGGCCCCUGUUGCUGCGCCGCCCCCGCCGCUGCACAUGGAUCAGCAACGAUCGCCAUCCUGCGGCCAUCCUACGACUCGCCUCCGUCAAGCUGAGGCCUGCCUCGAAUUGUCCGCUACUGUGAAGCAGCCCCUGCUCCAACGCCCGCCCUCCUACCUGCGUUCCCCGAGCCUCCACUCCGCUACGAAGCUUGUUUCUUGUGAAGAGAAAUACGUGGGAAUUGAGGGUGAUGCAAAAGUGUUGAAUCAAGUUGACUUGCGGCUCAAUGAGAAGAAAUUAGUAGAUGAUGAAGUACGAGCUAUAGAGGUGGAUAAAAUUGAUGACGAUGAUGGUCUUCAUGAUUCAAGUAAAAGGAAUGAGGAAGAGGCAUAUGAAGAGGAGGACGAUUCCACAGAGGAAGUGCUGAAGGUCAUUGCCUCAUUCCCCCCUGUUGUUCAAGUGCAAUCCAAAUCUAUUGUUGAGAAUUGUUGGGGCAAGAAAGGAGAUAGUGCCUACACCGGUUGGUGCAUAAUUAUUGGUGUAUGUGUGGAUUUGAGUAUCAGUGAUGUUACAAAGAGACGUUCAGCUGUUCGUUGGGCGUUUGAUCCAGGAGGAGAUACCUCGCCAAAGCUUCUGCGUUCGACUCUCGCCCUUGCUUCGUGGUUCCCACCUUGA